AUGAUACGAAGGCGGGUUUCUUACAUACCGCGUGCGACGACAUCGGCAAUAAUAAUAACGGCAUCAAAGUCGGCAUUGCAGACUGCGCAACGACAGCAAGGUGGUCUGCACACAUUCAUUCGGGACGCACAGUCCUCCAGCGCCACAGCGCCGCGCCAAGGCAAUGGAAAUGGCAGCAGCAAUGAAACAUCGGCUCCUGCAUCGGCCGAUUGGGCGGUGCAGAUGCAGCGCGAGCUAUUUGGCGAGAUGGAUCCACUCGGUGGACAGGCACACAAGGAUUACUACCGCGACACAGCUCGCGGCUACAGCCCACAAUAUGCGCCGCGCAACUUCGCUGAGGGAGGCGCUAUCGCCUACCACCACCCACUGAGCCCGUUUGAGUACGAGGACGCCACUCACCAGCGUAACUGGCUUGACCACGAUGUCGCACGCAUGAAGGAUGAGUUUCAGCAGGAACGUGCCUCGCUGCGGAGCAUAGAGAGCCCUACAGAGCGCAACAAGCUGGAGUGCAACUACGCAGCCGAGCACCAAGUGACCGGUACAGUUGUGGAAAACCAAUCUAUCCACGCUCUAAAUCAACUGCAUCACAGCACCAGCACGAGUGGUGACGCCCUUCGCCAGCAGGCGGUGGUGGAUCGCUACCAGCUGGCGGAGCAGCGGUCGCCCUUGUCCAUAUCAGGCGGUCUGGGCCGCGAGUCACUCGCUGAGGCGUAUCAGACAGGCGCGGAGGAUCUGUGUAACGACUUUACUGCGGAACAUCUUCGCAUAGCACAUGGUCUGCGUGAGAAGGAGAAGUUUGACUUCACUGUGCUGCAGCGUACCACACGCAUCCCGUUCCAGGGGUACGACAUGGAUCGCUUCCUCGCACAGCAGAAGGGAACCCCGUACGGCGCGCAGCAGCUGUCCGCCAACACCGCCGCAUCCACAAUGGAGGAGGCGCAGCGGACACUCCGCGGGGGAGCGGAAACAACACCAGGAACAUCUGGGGGAGGCGCAACAACGGUGCCAUCAUUCGAGGCUAUUUCGCAAAAGGCGUUUGCGCGCAACACUGUCAGUGCCCACCCUGCUAUGGGCGAGGAGCUGACGCAAGAAAUCGUCGACAACGUCCGCGCCAGUCGGGUAACGGCAAAGGAGCAGCGCAAACAGGAGCGGGCGCAGCGCUUCGGCCUUGGUAGACAAGGUGCUUUGGUGCAGGAUGGUGGCCCAGACAAGCGCACGCUUAAAAAACACACCAACGACGAACGCAUCCUUGACGCAAUGCUCUUUAGAACGGGUGCGUACAGACAUACACUGACAGACGAACAUUGGAACUCGUACAUACGGCAAGACACCAGAGCAGGUGUUGGCCACCUUCUUCACAAUAAGUUCGAUAUUGCGCGCCGUGAGGAUCGUCUCUCAAAGGGUGCUCAGGAUCUCACAGAGCGGAGUGUCGUGCAUUACGGUGUGCCCAUACAACAGACUGUUGAUGAGUUUGUGUUUCGCCACCGCAACGCUCGUGGUGAACGGCCGCUGGAUUAUUUUAAACCAUUUCCAAACUUUCGUGCCCUUCGGUUGAGCCGCAUGUACCGCGAUGUAGAGGGAUUCUCGCUUAUGAAACAGCGACCGGAGUUCCUUGAGUGGGAACUCUUCACCCGAUACCGUGCCCACCAUCAACAGCGGCGUCGAAUUGCUCUUCUGCAUGGCCUGGAGCCGAUCGCAAAUGAGACGGCGCAGGAACGUGACGCGAGGAUCCAGAAGCUUGAUGAACUCUGUGAACGCACCCCAUUUGACGAGCGUGAACUACACAUAAAUGAUGAUGAAAUGCGGGUGAGUGGAGAGACACUACGCAGCUGGUUUGGUAUAUACAUGCUACCUUCGCCCACUGUUGUUGAGGCGGUGGUGGGGAGCUCUGCCUCUGUGAACCUCCACUUGUAUCCCCUACCUGACGAGAUGGGUACAGCAGACACACGUGAAAAUGUGCUGAGCAGUCGCUACUUCAACCGCUUGCUGUUGUUAGAGGCGUACCAGCAUCGUGUUGGUCGUGGUUUCACGAAUGUCGUCAGCGGGAAGGCGCCAGAGCCGGUGAUACCACACGCACAAUCACCGGAGGUGCUGCGCCACUUCACCGCGGAGGAGCGUGCCAUCUACGAACAGUACGUAAAGGAGCAGACAUCGAAGCAACUCGGCGAGUGGGCCACUGCAAUGCGGCGACGUCGCUGGCUUCCCGAUCACCAACAGUAUGGUCGUGUGGUGGCGCAGGGAUAUGAGAUGCCGGUGGUGGACCUCUUACACACCGACACUGGCGCCGUACUGACAGUCUCUGUGAAGGCCUUCGAGAAGGAACUCACUGCUGCGCAUGGCGAUAGGAGCCGCAACAUCAUGGUGGAGGGGCAGCCCUACAAGCUGCGGCCCGACUCAGAGCGUCGUGUGACGCCGCUCUCCGUGCAACUUGAAUCGGGAGCGGUAGUGGACACCACUGAUGAGGCUUUCGAGCAAUGCGAGCUGGAGCUUCUGCCGCCGCACGCCAACCACACCCUCAACUACGGCAUCAGCAACUACGCCUACAACCGCGGCAACUACGUGGAGACACAGGACACCAUCUGGGAGGAGCAGACUGCCAAGGGCGAGGAGGGAUGGUCACCCGCAACACACGCUGACGGACUGCGCACAAACCUGCCGGUGCGUGCGCGGCGCCACGUGGGCACCAACACCGAUGAAGCGCGUGUCGUCAGUGACCCACAACGUGCAGUGAUCGUCGCGUACCAGCCACAGCCGUUUUUCAACCCGGAGCCGCGACAUGUGCGGGUCGCUUUCCAGUCGGAUGGCGCGAUGGUGGACGUUCCGCUGGCGGAUGUGAUGAUUUGGCAGAGGCGUUACCACGGCCCGGAGCGCACCGUCGGCGACGAGUCGCGGCGCUACAGCCCGGGUAGUCUGCGCCGCUACGUUGACGUUGCGGAUCCGCUGAAUGAGAAGUCCGCCGAUGGCGAGCACUUCCUCGAGAAGUAUGAGGUCGCACGCACCGCGGAGGCGGCUUCCAGUAGGUACCGCACGACAAAACAGAUCACGGAGAUCGAUCAGUGGACGCGCCACGACACGAGUCGGGCGGACAACUACCGACCGCUGAGCAUCUCACACCGCCGCGAUUACAUCCGCCUUGGCUACAUGCACCGCUACACGCCGUGGGAGUGGAUCGCAGUGCAGGAGGCGGACCAGCCACUUAUCGAGGAACAAAUCCGGCAGGACAACAUCGGUACAAGCUACUUCUUCUCACUGAAUCGGUACUGGCGCUACAAGGCAAGGCCACAUGGCUACAUUCGCCACUUUGAGAACGAGGUGCGUGAUCUGUUCCAGUUUAUUGACGGUGUGACGCCGUGGAAGCAGGCGCAGAAGAUACGCACGUACUGGGAGGCACGCGCGCAUCACCCGAUGCCGCAGUUCAACAGGCCAGAGGUGGCGAUGCACCGCAACACUGUCGGCCUGCUCCCGGCUCACCUCUGGGAGACUGACAAGAAGANCCGCAGUUCAACAGGCCAGAGGUGGCGAUGCACCGCAACACUGUCGGCCUGCUCCCGGCUCACCUCUGGGAGACUGACAAGAAGACGGGCAAGGUGA